CGCUUUAGUUUCUGAGCUCACGGUGACUAAGCUCGGUGUGUGCAUGUGCGUGUGUGUGUGUGUGUGUGAGGGAGAGUGACAGAGUGUGUGUAUAUGCAUGUGUGUGAGAGAAGGAGAGAAAGAGAGAGAGAGAGAAAUAGAGAGAGAGAGAGCCCGGAGCGGAGAGUCAGCAGCGCGCGACGUGGUCAUGGCGAGCGCGAGCCAGAGAGUGGUCCUCAUUACCGGCUGUUCUUCCGGGAUCGGGCUGCGGAUCGCCGUCCUAUUGGCCAAAGACGAGCAGAAGCGCUACCAUGUGAUCGCCACCAUGCGGGACCUGAAAAAGAAGGAUAAGCUGGUGCAGGCAGCAGGAGACGCUUUUGGAAACACUCUGAUACUGCAAGCUCUGGAUGUGUGCAGCGAUGACUCAGUAAGGCAGUGCAUCAACAGGGUUAAAGACAGACACAUCGACAUCCUCAUAAACAAUGCAGGCGUGGGGUUGCUCGGACCUGUGGAGAGCAUCAGCCUGGACCAGAUGAAGAUGGUGUUCGAGACCAACUUUUUUGGCACCGUGCGCAUGAUUAAAGAGAUCAUGCCCGACAUGAAGAGACGCAGAGCAGGGCACAUUAUCGUCAUGAGCAGUGUCAUGGGCAUGCAGGGCGUAGUGUUUAAUGACGUCUACACGGCCUCCAAGUUUGCCAUCGAGGGGUUCUGUGAAAGCUUGGCAGUCCAGCUGCUCAAGUUUAAUGUCAAGUUGUCUCUGAUCGAGCCUGGGCCCGUGCACACUGAGUUUGAGGCAAAGAUGAUGGAAGAAGUGGCCAAGAUGGAGUUUCCGGGAGCAGACGCAGACACAGUGAGAUACUUCAAGGACGUGUACAUGCCGUCCUCCAGCGAUAUCUUCGAGGCAAUGGGGCAGACCCCAGACGACAUAGCUAAAUGCACUAAGAAGGUGAUCGAGUCGAGCAACCCUCGCUUCAGGAACCUCACUAACAGCCUUUACACCCCUAUUGUGGCCAUGAAGUACGCAGACGAGACAGGCGGCCUGUCGGUACACACCUUCUACAACCUGCUGUUUAACUUUGGCUCCCUAAUGCACAUCACCAUGAACAUCCUGAAAUGCCUGACCUGCAGCUGCCUGCGCAGACGCACCAUAUCACCUGACUGAACAUGCACACGUGCAUGCACAUGUACACACACACACACACAUUCACAAUGAACAGACUGAUAUGAUACUGAUAUGAACACAUUUUGAUGCAUUUGUGGAUUUCACUUUUUGUGACUCGAUUUCCUGUUCCUGUUUUCUCUGUUCUGAUACUUCAGAUUCAACUUUCCAACUAACUCAAACAUUUUUUUUUUCUAAAUUCUAAAUAGUACUAAAUAGUAGCAGAAGAUGUUAAAGAGUUAAAGGUUUUAAAGCGAAUCAGCAGUAAAUUAUCAUGUUAUUUAUGAGGACUGAUAUUAUAUUGGGAAAUCAAGAAUAAAACAGUUUUUAAAAUCAGAAAAUGGAGCAGAAGUUAAACAAGACCAGUCUAAAAAAAAAUCACCUUUUAAAAGUAAUCCUUGUAAGACUAAGUCUUAAUCUUAGAGCUUGUUAUUAGCUGCUUGCACUAAUGAUUUCAGUGAAGUCAAUUGUGAAAGUCUGUUUAAGCUCUUCAUUGUAUUGUGUUUGAUAUUGUCUUAUGUUUAUGUCAUAUCUCCACCCUGAUUUGGAAAUAAUAUAUUUUUUAUAUUGAAUGUGAAUAUUUAGAAUAUAUUGUAGACUAUAUGUGGUUUAAUUUUGAAAUAAAACCAGGAUGUAAUCUAA